GACCGCCACGCCAUCCGCCGAGCUGAAUCAACGUCGCCACUGCGUCAGUUCGGAAGGUAAAGUUGUCAAAAUUCGUCGCGUAUUCGUGACUGCUUCGUCGUUUCUUGUGUUUGGUUUUCGCAGCUGACGGUGCGGUCGCGGGCUGAGCGCAUCAUCGAUCAGAAAAGUGACUUUCUUCGUGAAUAAAAGCGAGAUUAUUCGUUCCAUGUUUGCUCCAAAACGGUUGUUUCUUUGUUGACUGUGAAGUGCAUUUUUGCUUUCAAGUGGCACAAGGUCGAACUUUUCGGAUAGUGAUUUCUAGUUGGAAUUCGUGCGUGUUUCACUGACUUGGUGAGAAGAAAAAGGCGAGGUAUUUGGUGAAAAUUGGUUAUAGUGCGAAAUUGAAACUGCGUGUGGUGGACAAACUGAUUGUCAAGUGAAUCUCAUUGUCGUCGUAUUAACAUACUACUCAAUCACAGGUCACCGCGCGGCUCCAACCUCGAGUAAACGAAUGAUUUGUGGUGCAUUCUGAAUUGCGUCGUAGUUUUGUACUCGUUAUCACACAAUCGCCAUCGUGAUAUCGCAUUAUCCAGAGGGGGAGCAAAACCUUCCUCUCAGUCAACAAGCAGUCCCAAAUCAAACAAUCAAGCUGGCUUCUGUAUCGCUGCCAAUGGAGGAACAGGAUCAGCAAACCGCCACGAACGGCACCGGUAGUGGAAGAGUAUCUCGAAAAAGGCCGCGCGAGGCGACAAUCGUUCCCAUCGAACGUCCCACUGAAUCCAUCUCGAUCGAUAUUCCGUCGGAUGAGCCACUAACGAAUGGAACCGAUAAUGGUGAUAUUGCACCCACCGCUAGCACCAGCACCAGCAACAGCAACGGCGUGACACAGAAGCGUUUCAGCAGCAUCCGCAUCGACGACGAUGGGAUGGAGACGGGCAGCGGUGAUAAUUGUUGGCCACCCAAUCAGGACAGCGUCCGGAAUGGGCACGUGAACUUUGACAUAGCGUCUUCUUCGUCAUCAGCGGAAUUGAAACCAUUGAAUGGGCCCGCCGUGUCGCUAUCUAACUAUUCCAAACAGUUGGGAAGUGGAGUUGAACAUAGUCCACCAGUUACAAUCUGCAAACCGGCCCCCUUCUCCGACGAACUGGAUGCCGUGGCCGAGCGGGACCGAUGCGACUACACCCAGAAAGUUACCUACCAGAUGGCCAGAUCCGAUACCGCACCGCGGAGGAUUCGUGUCUACGCCGACGGUAUCUACGAUCUGUUCCACCAGGGCCACGCCCGGCAGUUGAUGCAGGCCAAGAAUGUGUUUCGCAACGUGUAUCUAAUUGUUGGCGUGUGCAGCGAUGAGCUAACCCACAGCCGGAAGGGCCGCACCGUCAUGAACGACGACGAACGCUACGAAGCGGUCCGGCACUGUCGCUACGUGGAUGAGAUUGUUCGCGACGCGCCCUGGGAGCUAGACGACGAGUUCCUCGAGAAGCACAAAAUCGAUUUCGUGGCCCACGACGAGAUCCCGUACAGCUCGGACGAUUGCAACGAUGUGUACGCCAACAUCAAAGCUCGCGGAAUGUUCGUGGCGACCGAGCGAACGGAAGGCGUCAGCACAUCGGACAUUGUGGCCCGGAUCGUUAAGGACUACGAUAUGUACGUGCGCCGGAACCUGGCCCGCGGGUACACCGCCAAAGAGCUGAACGUGUCGUUCCUGUCCGAGAAGAAGUUCCGUUUCCAGAACAAAAUGGACGAACUGAAGGACAAGGUCAAGAAGGGCAAAGGUGACAUCAUCAGCAAGUGGGAGGAAAAAUCAACGGACAUCAUCCGGACGUUCCUGCUGAUGUUCGGUAAGGACAGUCGAAUCUCAACCUUCUUGUCCGAUUCGCGGAAGAAGCUCACAUCGGCAUUGAGCCCGCCCGGAAGUCCGCACGGUGGCAGCACAUGCAGUUUAAACGAGUACGGAGAUGAGGACGGCGAUAGUCCUGACUCAGUGCUCGAUUCGCCACCUAUGAAGCGCUCGAACCUGCUGAGAUCUGGAUUCAACUUGGAGAGGAAUGCCCUCUCGGAGACCGAGGACGAUGAGGAAGAGGAGGACGAGUUUGUGGAUUCACGUUCGCGACCCGCAUCCAACUACAGCUUGGCGGCGAUAGCUAACGGUCAGCACUAGAGGCAUUAAGGGUGUGUGCAAAUGACUGAGACGAGACUUUUUUGGGCUGUUUGGGACGUUCGCUUUUGGCCUCAGCGCAAAUCUCAGUGUUGGCGUUGCUUUAUGUGAGUGAAACCAGACUCGAUAUGUAACCGAUUAGGUAAAGAAUGCAGACGUGGAAGUUUUAGCAGGAACGACUGUACUGCAGAAGGCUUGUGUGAAUGGGUGCAAGUAUGCGUAGCUAAAUUUCCUGCAUAUUUUAUUACAUAUUUAUUUAGUUAUAAUCGAUAAAUUAGAGAAGGUUUUGUUUCUCCUAUUCAAUAGUAUGUGCAGAUUUUCUUAAGUUGCAAUCAUUUACUGUUACACCAUUUUUAUUUUCCCUCAAUCAUUGAUUCAUCCGAGCUUCUAGAGUUAAAUUAUUUAAAAGUAAACGAAUAUUUGGCUUACUUUUCGGAGAGUGGUCUAUUUAUCACAGUGUCAGAGAGUGAUUAAUUUAUCACAGUAAGGCUACUGAAUGGUUUGAAUGACUCCUUUUCUACGUUAGCUAGCUCAGAAACGUUACAGUGCCGAUUUGAUUCCGACGAAAGGCUGUUUUGUCUGAUGAGUAUAUUACACGAAAAAUUGUUUGCCGAACAAGAAAUGGUAUGCGACUUGGUGGCAACGGAACAACAGCAGGCGAAUAUUUUCCAAAACGACUUUGAGCAUUACAUUCCAGUGAAGUUUUGAUCGUGAAUCUGUAAUCCUAGAACAAAAUGACAUUCAAAUUAAACUUUCUUCUCGUAAGCAAUCUAAUGUUAUUAAAACUCAAAGAACAAUGCCUAGAAACUAGCCUUUUCUCUAUCUACAGCAUUGCAAAUACAUAUUUCAUUCAUCUACUGAUGCUUAUCAAUGUACAUUUUCCAAUUUUCCGGUUGAUAGCUUUUUGUGAGAGUUGCCUUUUGAACUAUUAGGACGAGUACCAUUACCUACAAUCUAGUUUAGAGCAUAUGGACAAUACUGCUUCGAGCAUCCAACCGGAUUUCCAAAGAUCGUCAAAGAUUUUCAUGAAAAGAAAGCGUAGUUUGGGCACAGACAACAGAGCGCAAUAUAUUGCAUACCUACUAAUAGUUAACGCGCACUUAGUGCUAUUUAUUGGAAUGGUCAAUACUUUUUCGGUAGUGCUGCUGGGGAAUGCUUGUCGGCUAUCUGAGGAUAUGAUUUGUAAUAGUUAUCUAAAGUUAGUAUGUAAGUGAGCUUGCGUUUGGAUGUUCCAGCCGACGGGACAAAUGAGAGACAGAUUUACCUAAAUGCGUAUGAUGGAACCUACCUAAUUGUAUUGUAUUGGCGCAACAUGAUUCGCCGGUGUUUAGACGCUACCAGUAGACAGUAGUGGAUUGUUUGCAUUGGAACCAUUUAUUAACGAAUUCACCAAAUUAAAACAGAAGAAAACAAAAAUGCAAAGAUAACCUUUGAAUAAAUCAUUGAUAGUAAACAUGUUAUACACA